AUGGAUCGCGGAUCCAUUAUCGCCACCCUCAUCUCCGGCUUUCUGCCUGGUUGGGUGUACCGCCUAGCCAGGCACGCACACUCUGCCUUGAGUACAGUCUUGUGGUGGAUCUCCCCACAAGACGUCUCCCCUCCUGAGCCUGAGCCCGAACCCGAGCCUGUUCCUGCUCCUGUUCCUGCUCCUGCUCCUGCUCCUGCCCCUGCACCUCUCAUCGUCCAUCUUUCGGACGAGUCUAUCGCUAAGGUCAAGGCUGCCGUGCGGGAGGCCUUGGACGAGAGCUCAGCAUCAGUGAUCGCCGAACAGAUUGAGAUCGUCGAGAUUCUCAAUUGGAUUGAGCGACUCGCCGCUGGGCAAUCGUUCACGGUUUCCUUGCAUGGCACAGCUGUCGAGGUGGGCGGGUGGGACACCAGCGGCGGGCUCGCACUUUUACGCAGUGCUGGUGAUAAGUAGCUCUUAGAGUGAAACUAAGCCGAGCCCAGCUCUUGGAUGAUCUCUCACUCCUCACUCUUCGAGCAUCAAGCUAACUGAUUCACUCUAGGCUCGCCCCUCUCGAACCACUGUCCAAGCCAGCGAUCGGGCUUGUCUGCCUCACCCUCUAUUGGAUGUUUUCAAACCCCUCUUCGAGCAAGCACCUUCGAGAGCGCGAUUCAAGGAGAAGGUACAAAGGGAUUUGCCCAUGGUUUGCGGGUUGGCAUCCCGUCACCAUUGCAAGGGCAGCGCCUGGUCUUGAGUUCGAGCUGGCAUCCUGUCAUCAUUGCAGGGGACACUGUACCUGCGCAAUUGAGCCAUGAUUGGGUCAUAGUGCCAUCCCCACAACUGGAUCCAGCUCUGGCGCCUUCGAGGCUGGUUCGGGGAGCACAAUCCUACGCACUCUCCUUCAACUCCUCCUUUGAACACUUUCUCCAGGUCGCGAACAGGAGGAUAAUUAAUGUCGAAGGGUUCAUCUAUCAUAGGUUUAUCAGAGAAAUGUGCAUCCUCUGCCUCGUCCCUGUUGUCAAAGUCUCGACCUCCAAAAGACUGCCAUAUCUCGAGUUCAAUUUGGACGCGCGUACCGCCGCCGUCGAGUUCCACCCGGACUCGUAGGUCGGUGGCGCAACGACCACAGCUCAACAGAUCCAGUCUUCUCGUCCGAUCGCCGGAACAGCCUACCCGGAGCCGGAACGCGUAUAAAAUGACCGCAGGGAUUCUUUGUGGGGUAUGAGUACAGCCGAUUCUGGCGGUGAAUUUAUGGAUUGCAGGUAAAAGUCGACUAGAGACAAUUUGACCUAAGUCGACUCGUGAAAUCGGAGUGCUCGAUGGUUCAGGUUGAGCUAGUAGUAAUGAUACGGAUAGCUUAUGAACACUGUGAAGGAACAGCUUUCCUCUGACCACGCGAGCCUCAAUCGUCUUGUUGAUACACACGCCCUCGGGAAAGAGCGCAAGGACGUUCGACUUGCAGGUGUGAUUUAGUUCUUGGAGCUGCGGACCGUAUCGCGAGCCUUUGGCAAAUCCUCUCAGGAACGCAUCGACCAUAUUACGGUAGAUCAUCACGGGUUCAUGAGUAAAGCACCAAGGUGCGCCACGCUUCGACAGCGUGUGUUUAUGGCGAUUAUAGCGGUUAGGACAUAGAUAUCGCGAUGACUUGCCCCAA